AUGACAUAUCAGCUCGACAUCAUCCCCUCGUAUUCCUUGGGCCCAUUCGUGCUAGGGCGCACUCUGCAUUCGACGCUCGAGUAUCUGCGUUCUCGGCCGCGACAGCAUCCAGUCUUCGAGAUCACACAUGGUGCCACUGAAAAGUGCGCGUCCGAACCAAGAGCGCAAGCCCAAAAUCCGAACCUUCCCUCUGCUACAUCCGCCUUAGCUUCGCUGCCUGUGCUUGUAAGCGUCCCCGCGGGCUCAUCAGGCGCGACCAUCCAUCUCAGCUUCUCGGCCUCGACUCAGCGACUGCAGCUUGUUGUACUCCGCAUGCCUGCUGCUGUUGAGGCGGAUGAUCAGCAGACGGGCUACUCUGCACAACACGUGGAGUCCUUCAGCCCAGUUGCGCUCCCUCUGACGUGCGAUGGUCGCACUCUGCCAUCUCUCACUCGCGCAAAUGUACACCGCAUGUUUGGGCCGACCUGGCCUGCCAAGCUACGCACACCGACCGACGGACUCACGAAUCGAAUGCAGUCACGGGUAGGCAAGGGCGCUGCAACGAAGGGGCAGGAGGUCACGGUGCGGUAUCCAGGCCUGGCUUUUGGGUGGGAUGUCGAUGCAUCGCUUAGUCAUCCAGGUGCGUGUGUGUCGGCGAAAGCACGGCGGUCUGAGGAUACUUCGCCGGCAAUUAAAUUGCUCGGCGAGACUGACUGACCCUCCGCCUGCCUUCAGAGCCGCCUGCACAGGCAUCUGCGCCGAGAGUGUACGUGUAUCAAGGUUUGGAUCCGCACGAUCCUGACGCGAUUGACGCGCCGAUACCAGCACGGCCUGGAACGGGCAGCCGGGUACUCAGCCAUCAAGAUAAGACUACCUCCGAUCAGGAUGCGGCCAGUCGGGACUCAGUCACUGUACUGAGAGCAAGUGUUCAGGUAAGUGUGCUCGUCGACAAUCACAGUGCGGUUCCGGCAGACGCCUGACCCGCAAAGUUUUUCGCAGAGUGACCAGCCUGUAAAGUUCACCCUGAGCACAGGUGCUUCAGUAGAGCUGAUUCUGAACGAGACUACCGAGCAAGACCUGCUAUGCGAUCUGGGAACGCCAAACGCGCGAUCUCUGGCACAAGAUGAGCGCCUGGGGAUACAAAGCUCUAACACCGAUCGUGGGUGGGGAGGGCGCUGGACUCGCUUCAGACUCUGACAGGGGGCUCACAUCAUCCACUUCGCAGGGGGAAUCUUCUACAACUACACCUCACUUGGCAUAGACGCGCUGGUGUCUGCGGCGACAAGCACAAGCUCAGGUGUUCUCACCAAAAUAAUCUUCCACUCCAAUAAUCCAGGUACUGCAGCCUUUGGCAGAUACGAAAGAUGUCCAUGGGUUGUGCGUACCGCGAGAGGCAAUAGCACCGUCACUGAGCCGGUGAGUCGGCUGCCAGCCAAAGAGCCGGACGCUGCGUCAAGCAAAGAACAUCCACUGACCAGUGACCUUUCUAUCGCUGAAGUUUGCAAGGCUUCAUGCGAUCUUGAGUGGCAAUGAACACGAAACCAGCGCGAAAGGCUUGCGCCCCGAUUCGAGCGAUGUAGUCAACGUCAAGACCCAGCCAGAUGAGACCAUGGAGCUAGAUCGGGGUGCGAAUCCAGAACUUGAGGGCUUACGACUCGACGUGCGUAGCACCCUUGUCGGCUUCACGUUUGGAUCCGGCGAGAAGGACAAGCGAGAAUGCGAAGGCCUGAUCGUCGAGGUGGAUCGAAGCGGCCUCGUCUCCAGCCUAACGUUGGUGGGGCCAGCUGCCUUCUAG